UUGCUUCUUUUUUUCUUUCAGGGCCAGGUUGUGUUUCCUGUGAAACGGCGAUGGAGUCAGAACAGCAGCUGAACCUGCGAUGGAACAAUUAUACCAACAACAUGCUGGAGGUGUUUGCCGAGCAGCUGAGGACGGGGCAGCUGGUCGACUGCACCUUGUCCUCGCAGGGGCAGUUCCUCAAGGCCCACAAGAUGGUGCUGUCUGCGUGCAGCCCGUACUUCCAGGAACUGUUCAAAAAUCAUUACGGCUCGAAUCCUGUUAUCAUUUUCAACGGGAUCAGUUUCUUGGACUUGAAGCUUGUGAUAGACUUCAUGUAUCGAGGAGAAAUAAAGGUGCUGGAGGCGGAGCUGGAGGGGCUGCUGGCGGCCGCUGAGACGCUGCAGGUGAAGGGGCUGACCAGCGCGAGGGGCAAGUACGAGACGGGGCAGGUGGAGGGGGACUCCCCGCCCUUCGUCGCCGCCGCCGCGCCCAGCCCCAUGGUGCUGCGCAAGAAGAGGCCCUCCCCGAUUGCGAUCAAUGCUAAACCAGAGAACUCGAUGGACACGGAGAACUUGUCAGUGUUUGAAGCUCCGAAGAAGUCGUCACCGUCGACCUCCGAAGCCUUCGGCAGCAACGGGAUUCUGUCGUCCGUGAUUAAGACCGAGCCGCCCGAGUGUGGGGACGCGGCCUACGCUAACGACAAUGAGGACGAUGAGGAGGGAGACAUUGCAGGCUGGGAAACUCCUAAGAUAGUGGUCGACUUGAAAUGUGAUUUUUCCAAAGCUACAAGUGUGAAGUCCAACAAUAAAAUAUCAAGAACUCUGAGGAGCCGGGCGGACGCCAGGCCGUACGGGACGCGCGCCAAGCUGCUGAGGGACCGCAAGGCCCGGGGCUCGCGCUCCCACGAGGAGUCUGACGGCGAGCCGGAGGAGCGGAAGAGGAAGAAGCGGCCGGGCACGCAGUACUGGCUGGACUCGGACGGCCUGCGCAUCCCGCGCCCGCCCAACGCCUUCAUGGUGUUCGCCAACGAGUGGCGCAGCAAGCUGGCCGGCAAGUACCCUGGGGAGACCAACAAGGACAUCUCGGUGCGGCUGGGCGUCAUGUGGAAGAGCCUGGGGGCGGACACCAAGGAGGGCUACUUCGCGGCCGCCCGCCGCGCCGACCAGGAGCACAAGCGUCGCUACCCCGGCUACUACUACAGCCCCAAGGAGGCGCGCAUCAGGAAGUUCCUGAGGCACGACCGGCGGGGCGCCGAUGAGCCCCCCGCCCCCGCCCCCGCCCCCGCCAAGCGCGAGCCCGGGCAGCUGCACGCGUACGUGGGCGCCGUGCUGGGCCGCUCCGGCCGCUGGAAGAGCGUGGGCAAGGGCAAGGGCCCGUCCUUGGAGCCCGGCGCCGCGCGGGAACACGCCCCGGCUCCGGGCAAGUAGUCCCUCGUCGCCCGCGCCAGCCGGAGGAGGACGCCGGCACGACCACCGUGCUGGUCGACGCAACCUUUGAAUGUAUACACUGCAUAGAGGUCGCCAGCCCAGGUUAAACAUUUCCAAUACGGUUUUGAGGUAGUUGGUCGAUUCGCCGCCGCAAUCGCCACCAUGGCAGGGGCUAUUGACACUGGACCCGCGUUUCAGAGGUCGCAAGCUCAACAUGUGCUCAUGUUCAUUCAUUUAGAUACAGUGAAAUCUCAUAAUAAAAACCCUGUUAGUACAAAACUUUCAUUAACCCUUUGUCUAUCCGUCCACUGCAGUGGACAAUGUAUAUCUCAGUGAAACAUGGAGUUAAACCAUGAAUGUGUGGGGUCAGGUGUACCUACAUUCUAGAGGACGCCAUUCUUUGUUGCUAUGAAAUAACUAAAUUUUAUUUACACUUAAAUUAAUUAUAAUAAAUAAUUAUACAUUAAUAUUGUAACUAUAGGGUAGAAUUAUUACAACAUACAAAAAAAAUUAGAUAAGUUACAAUCAAAAAAUUAAAAUUAGGAAUUGACAAAGUGUGACUGAAAUACAAAGUGUUUUCACAUUCCAUGGAAAUUACAUUGGAGAUACGGUGAAAACCUUGAUUCUAAUUACACUCGCGGUUCUCCAAAAUUUGUCCUUAUGACCGAGUUGUACGUACGAACCAGCGAGGCCAAAUUAUGUCCAUUUGUGGCUACCCCCCACCCCCUCCAUCCCCAAUUUUUCCCACCGCUGCAGCGGGAAAUGAAUUGCUAUUGUCGUUGCCGUGUCCUGCAUCGACUUGUGGUGGUCCCUAGCGGACAAGUGUCGAACUCUUCAAAACACCCCUUCUUCCCCCACCCUCCUGUUGAACGACCUUGAGCUGCAGUGAAUGAUGGGUGGGGGGUGCGGGGAAUGACAGCGGGCGACAGUGCUGCGCUCUAACGUGUAAGACGAUACAGGGCGUUACGGCAGCGCACUGCAGCGGUGAAGUUCCCGAGCUGCUCAUCGUGCGCUCCUGGAAAACGUAGAGUAAAUCCUAUCCGCUCGCGACUUCUGUACAGUAUAUAUAUUCAAAGACGCAACACAGGAAUACAUUCCUACCAGGGCUGUUCCGAUGUUGGAACAAGAUACCGGCCGACGUUCGGCUCUCGGGUACUGGUGGGAUCGGAGGUUAUUUAACCUGAACAGAUUUGUUUCUUCCUAAUACUUGCUUCGUUUUUUUCUCUUUUUCCCCCCCCCCCCCCCUAGUUUGUGACGUACCGCAGAUCUGCUUUGCUGUCAGAUCAUGUAGAUUCAUUUAUAUUUUUUAAAAAGCAAAUCUGAAUAGUUAUUAAGUGUCUACUGGUUAACUGCGGGUGAAUAAAAUAAUGUUUGCCAAAAAAAAAAAAAUAGUGAGGUAGAGUGUUAAAAGGAGUAAUUUUUUUUUUAGAAUUAAUAAAAAAAUAUGUUGAUUGCUAAGAAAUUUGUAAAAAAAAAAAAAAAAAAAAAUAUGUUUCAUUUUCUUAUUUAUAAAGUGUGGCCGGUAACUAUUAAUGAUGGUUGUAGUAUCAGAGGUAUCCGUAUCGGAACAGCCCCAAUUCCUGUGUGUCUUGUCGCGGCUCUGUGCAAGACAGUGCUAGGUGCACUGCCCUUCUUUCUCGGUGGCCUGGGAGAGCAGUUCUUUCUCCCGAUGACCGAGUCGGUAAAGAAUAUGGUUGCUUUACUAGUUAACUUUGGUAGUCCACUUAAAUUUUGUUGCUGUACGUUGAAAAUUAUUCUAUCAAUGAGGGUAGAAAGAAGGCUUUAUGUGUACACACACGUUGUUUUCACUAGCGUCUUGUAUUGACCUGCGUUAUUUUUGCGGAACGCAUCUGUCCCUAGCCAUCGUCCGUCGUAGAUUCUUGAGCAGCGAACUCCGUGUGUACUAAAGAUUAUGUGUGUUGUGAUCUUGUGAAUGGUGGAGAUGAACUUGAAUGAUCUUAUCACGUGCUGCUAAUGAAUUAGUAAUUAUCCGGUGGCAUAUUUGAGGAUUUAUUAUUGAUGUAUUGAGUCAAGAUUAUAGGGUGAAUAUCAAGGAAACCUAUGUAAACUUGAUAAACACAAAAUGAAAUUAGAUUUAUCUGAAUCACUAAAUUUCAUUCUUUCAGCGAAUUCAUUAAAAAAAAAAAAACCUGUGUAUUAUUUUCAACUUUAUCUUUUGAAAAAAUUAAGUGCUCAGAACGACUCGCGUAUAAAAUCAAACGGGCGUGUGUUUGUUAGGGCUGGGCCGAUACCACUUUUCACCGAUUCCACCGAUAGCGAUUCUUAUGGGCCGAUACUCAAUGCCGAUACUAACCAAAGAAAUGUUUGUUUUAUGAAAGGAUAUUUUACUUAUAAAGUAUUUUUCAAUUUCAUUUUAUAAUGACAGAGUACCAUCAAAUGGUCAAAACACUUACUAACAUGCAUCUUACAAUAAUAAUAAAACACAAAUCCUUUUUUUUUUUUCAGCCCACGUGUUUAAGCAUUUCCCCACCUCGUGAUAUUUUUACAUGGCAGAAAGUGCAUGUAGCCUUGGUAUCUUCAUUUGACUGAAGAGUGAAGUAUUUCCAAACUUCACUUCUCUUCCCAGCCAUAUCAUCACACUCAGAAAAAUCUUUAAAAUAUCACUUUAGGUAUAGAUUUUAACAAUUCAAGCUAAUGUAAAUACUAAAUUGUAAACAAACACAACAACAUAACAUCAGCAAAGUCAUAGAUAUAUAAAUAACAUGUAGAUGGGGCAAGCUACUCAGACGUUCUUCAGCAACUGUUUCUAUGAGUGAAAUUUACUUUAUCGCGAGCACUGAUAAACGUAAUGUGAGGUUGUCUUUGCUCCACAGUUGGCAAUGAAUAUUUUAUUAUUUAUUUAUUCAGUUUUUGUUCAGUGGAUCCCAUAUGGAGUUAAGGGCUCUGGGAUAUAGAACAAGUCAAGUCAAUUUUAUAUAUAUAUAUUCUGCAUAAGUACAAUAUUAUUAAACAUUAUAGAGGACAUUGGUACAUAAGAAAUGGUAUAAACUCAAGUUUAGGACAUUUAUACAUUUAUAGUAGCCUAUGCACAUCUCUAUGGUUCUUUGGCUCCAUUGUAUUUUUAAAAUAAUCAACACGACCGGUUUUCUUUAAAACACUAGUGCUGUGGGCAGAAAACUUAGGGUAAUAGUGCAUAAAUUACAAAAUUAGGCAAUUAUUUUAAAAGUUAGUUUUGACUUACCAAAAAAACCAGUUGCGUGAAAUACUAUUACUUAGUGAUUUUUUUCUAACAAAAACAAUAUAACACAGUUUAAGAACUUGGACUGAGGUAUCGGCGCAAAGUAUUGGCAAAUAUUUUACAGAUGCUGCCGAUGCUGAUACUCUGAAUAUCGGCCGAUACUUAAGAAUCGGAAUCGGCAUCGGCCCAGCCCUAGUGUUUGUCAUGUAUUUUUUUGUCAUCAACUAUGUACAGUUAUAAAAUAAUCAGCAGAAAUAUGAGAAUUCUCAAUUAUGAAACAUAUUUUAAAUACUUAUAUGUACUAUGAAAUCUUGUUAUCUAUCAAUGAUUAUAAUUUAUGUUACUGAUUUCUUAAGCAAUGAGACUAUAAUCUUGUAUGAAAUUGAAUCAUGAGCGAUGAUAAAGUGAUGUUCCAUAGAGCUCAAAUUCAUUGACUCCAUCAUGCAGUGCAGAAGCAAUGAGUAAUGAGUUAUUAGUUACUAAUGCAGUUAACAAUUCAUAAUCAUAAUAUAUUAGUGAUAAUGUUAUUACGUAUAUUAAAUGAUCCCAUCAAGUGCUAACGGCAUUAUUGAGCACUGAUCAUAAUAUUGUAAUGUUUCAGUUAAUUUUUUUUAUUAAAUUACUUUAUUAUAGUGUCAAAUUAUUGUAUGACACAUGUUAUAUGUCCAAGAAAUCAUGACUAAAGAAUCCAGAAUCCAUCCUGUGGUACUGAAUCAGCAAUGCAAUGAAUCAUUAUAACUUUUCUAGUGUUUAUCUUUAAGUAAUUAGUUUUAGAAAAUCUUGUGUGUUGCUUUCAUUUCUUGUGUUUAAAUUUUGUUUUUUCUGAUUUGGCAACAUUGAUACACCAGUUGGUUUGUAAAAUUUUUUUUUUUAUAGAAACGUGAUGUAUAAAGAGUUUAUUAUUUUUAGUUCUUUUAGUUUAUAAUUUUUCUGCUCAUUAUCAUAAAAUUGUUGUUACUUUCUACUUUCUAGUCCUAGGAGUUUAUAUAUUAUUGUUGUAAAUACAAACUGACCCUUAUAGGAAUUGAUUCAUAUUUACUACCUAUCUACGUAAGUACUCCUGAGCCAGUACUGAUUAUUUACUCAUACUGAUCAAAACCUGAUAUUUACUGUAAAACCCUGUGAAGAAAAUCUUGCUUUCCUGCAUAAUAUUUUAAAAUAUUUUUGUGCUGUAUCUUUAAUUACAUACAUUUUACCCUUUCAAUAAACUUUGUUUGUUAAUACAUCUAAUUUAUAGGGACCUUGAGAAACUUGUUAACAGGGUUAUACUGUAUUUCCGUGUCAAUACAAUCGAAACAUCACCCAAUACGGCAAAAAGGCAAAGGACUUGUCUGGCUAGAGGUUGGCAUGACUGUCAUCAUUUCCGAGUGGAGAUGAUCCAGUUCCAAAUAUUUUUAAAGCAGUGGCUCUAUUGUGGUAAUGUAAACUAAGAGUUUACUAGAAAAAAAAUAUUCAAACUUAAAUAAUUUUUUAGUUUUGCAAAAAAAUAUUUCACAAAAAUUUUUGACAGGUAUUCCUUUUUUUGUUAUUUUUAAUGUUAUCUUCUUGAGUAUAAUUCUUCUUUGUAAACUUCAAUCUUGCAUUCGCAACACAUGGACCCAUCUAUGUGAUGUGUUGCGAUCAGAAGCUAUGCUAAAAGUUAUAUUAAUUUAAGAUGUAAAUUGCUGUGAAUCAAUUUUAAUUUUAUGUAUAGCAUGUUAUAAUCACACGUAUGAUGACUGCUACAUGUCUAUAGUUUCCUAACCUUGGUCAUUAUUUGUACAAUACAUGUAUACUUUUUACAAUUUAAAAAUAGAAUAAUACUAGUGUUUUGUGUCAUUGGAAAUAAGUCCGGGUGCUCACAAUAUUUCAAACAGUGCCUUAGUUUCAGUACUGGUUCAGCAUUAUCACCAACUCAUGAUCAUGACUAUAUUGAUGCAUUGAUUAAUGACUCAGUCAUGUUACUGAAUUUAAGAUCAAUAAUCCCCUUAUGUGUUGUAAUUUAUUUAUUUGUGUUAGUUUUGUAUGAAUUAGUUUUAGAAAUUUUUUUAAAGUGUCUUUCUUUACUGUAGUUCAUAAUUUGAUUUUUUUCUGCUACUAAGACAAUAAGAGGUUGUGAUGUUUUGUUUGUAAAACAUUUUGGGUUUACUUAAAAUUUAGGGUGUUGUUAAUUUAAUGAGGUAAUUUUAGUGCCUAUUAUUAUUAUCAUGGUUGCUGCAAGAUUAGAAAACUGGGAAAUGUGGGAAAAGUCAGGGAAUUUAAACAAUCAGGGAAUUCCGGGAAAUGUCAGGUAAAUCAUAACAUAUUUAUGGAAUUUCUUCUUGUGCUAACAAAAUUGAAAAGAUAAAUACCCCCUUGAUUGACGUUUAGGCAAUUAAAAAAAUUGGGAAAUAUUUAAUAUCACAAAAUUCAGUUGAGUUACCCUCAUUUCGUGAAUUUUCGUGUGUUUUUUUUACUGUAAACACAAAUUUGAACAAGUUCAAUAGCCUUUAGUCAAUUGUUUCAGGUGAAUCGAUAGUAAUCAUUUGUGAACAUAUCUUUUGAUCUCAAGCUGCGUUAAUUUUACUUCACUGCCAUUUAUUUGGAUGUGCCUGUAUGGUCAAAAAUCAAACACUGAAUUUAUUUCCAAUAGCUCUGGAGAUUACCAGCUUCUGGGGAUUAAUUGAAUUAAAUUUAUGAAGAGUUAUUAAAAAAUAUAAUUUUAUCACUUGCGAUAAAGUUUUAAGGGCUCCGCCUACCCAGGCACACCCACGGUGUGCAGAGCUCCAGGAAAAACAACGCGAUUUCAAAACUACUCGAGAUAUCCAAGUGAGGUCUGCUUACGAAAAGCAUUUAAGAGUUCGCUGAGGCCCGAAAAGUACUUUUAAUUUUGGAUCAAGUUUUUAAACUAUAUUUCUAGAAGAGUUAAAAUGGCCUUAACACAUGUUUUUAGAGUAAUUUUUAGGUGUAAAACAACCAGUACAGAUUCUUGAAAGCACUUAAGGGACUUGCAUUACACCUUUAUCUUCAUUUCUCGGCCAUAUGAUGUUGCGGUCACCGCUAAAAUUUCACGGUUAUCCUGUGACGACGAGAAGACUGCGCGUCAAUUUAGAGCCUUGCGCUUAGAGGCGAUACCGCACUAGAAAUACCAGCGAGCGUCGCGCUUAUAAUCCCACCUAAUUAACACACACACACCCCUGACGAGGCAGGCCCCUUAAUUAAUAAUUUUUGUUUUGGUAAGGAGAUCAAGACCUAAAAGUUUUCAAGGAGAAAAUUUUUGUGAUUUCUGCAAUAUUCGUAUAGGUAGGGUUAUGUGUUAAUAUAUAACAAAAAACAAGACUGCACAUUUUUUUGAUCCUGGUGAGGAAAAAAAAUGGCAUCGGGAAUCAUUUAGAAACUCACAACAAAAAAAAAAUUAGUAAGAAAACAACACAAUUGGCUAUGAAAUGUGGACGACCAUUAUCAUAAGACAUGCAAGGUCGUCAGUAUGAAGUGAGUGACUCGUGAAACUAGCUUUCAAAAUCAGGUAACCCCAACUUAUGAAACUGGCAACCUCAACUAAACAGAAAUUAAAUUAAUAAUUGGAAUAAUUGGAACCUAAAUUACAUUACAAAAUUGGUUAUACUCAUUAUUCUUUUAACUGGUUCCUACUUCAGUACUAUUGAUUUUUCAUUUUAGCUUCAAAUUUUGCAGUUGAUUAGUUUAGCCAUGAAAGGUAAUUCAUAACCAAUUGUUAAAAUGAAUUCUGAGUGUUAUUUAUUACCAAUAAUUAAUUUGAUUGGCGUGAGGUUUACAAAUAAAAACAUAUAGAUGCUGUUGAAGUCCUUUGUUAGCGUUCUGUUCCGAGAAGAGAGGUUUUAUCAUGUAAUUUUGAAUUUAUUUUGUCACACAUACGUUUUAAAAUGAAAAUGGGACAUUUGAACGGCACAUUCAACCUUAUUUUCCUGCAGAAAAAUUGUCAUAAGUAGCACCACAGGAUUGUUCCUGUGUGAAAGGUCAAAGAAAUUUUUCAGUUCAGGUAUGGAAAACCUGGAAUAGUCAGGGAAUUUUUGAAUUCCAAGCUUGUAUAAACCAUGAUUAUGUAAAUAUAUCAACCUUGAUUAUGUAAAUAAUUAUUGUAUUUUAAUACUUUUUUUUUGUGUUUGUACACCAAUAAGGGAAGGGGAAUAAAUACUUAAUUUGUUAUCCUUAAAACGUAUGGAAUUUUUGUCAGCUUUAGCUAAUAUAUAUUUUUCUCUUUACAUUUUAAUCAGCACUGAAGAAGUUGUGUGUCAUGUUUGAUUAGUGAGAACUUUUUUUUUUUAGCUUGGUUUACAUAUAAUGAAUUAAUGAUUUAUUUAUAAUGUUUAUAAAAUAUAUUAGACAUAGAGAAGUUAUGCUGGUAUAGUAUUGUUUUUUUUCAUUUAGUUUUUUAUAAAAUUAGUUUUAUUUUUAAUGAUAAUUUUGACAAAGAUUUUUGUGAGCUGAGCAUUUGUGAUAUUUGAAAAAUAAAAUUUUUUGAAUAAUA